AUGUGUAUCUUGGAGACAAAGGACUUGUUGUGCUCUACACAGGGUUGUCCCAACAUCAUCGAAUAUCAAGGCCAUGAGAAGAGGCGCAAGUGCCCGUUUGUCGAAGCUGAACAAGAGUUUGGUUCGUGUGGGCGCCGGGACCAGGUGAAGGUUCCUGGGUCUGAGAGGUCAAAGAAGCACAAACCAUGUGGCGACUGCGCCCGCAAGAAAGCCGAUGACGACGCCAACUAUUACAGAGAUGUGGCAGAGCACCUGACGAAGUCACUCCAAGAUCAGUGGAAUCGCGAUGAUGAGCGACGGAGGAAGAAGAAGGAGCAAGAAACCGCGCUCGUUACAGGUGCUGGAACGGGUUAUUCUGAUGGUCAGGGUGGACAUCCUCACGAACCCUCUGGGGUAUACUUAGAUCCCGGAAUGGACCUUAGUGCGAUGCCACAGGAGCUCGACUUGGAUGACUUUGGCGAGGGGCCAAGUCACGGUCAUGUCCAAGGGCACAAUCAGAGAGGUGAUGAGGGGCACUACCGGCAAGAUGGCCAGGGCUCCGGCGGUUGGUCCCAACAGUGA